CCAAAGGUCAAACUUCUGAUUGAUGGUAACUUUGUGGACUCGACCACUGCCAACUGGCUGGAUGUUGUAAACCCGGCGACGCAAGAUGUUCUGUCGCGCCUGCCGUUAACCACAAAAGCCGAGUUUGACUCCGCGGUGGAGGCAGCCACGAAUGCCUUCCCUAAGUGGCGCGCCACACCGGUGCCCACCCGCGUUCGGGUCAUGUUCAAAUUCCAGGAGCUCAUACGGGCCAACAUGGAUGAGCUGGCGAGGUCGGUUACGAUGGAGCAGGGCAAGACGCUCGCGGAUGCGAGAGGCGACGUCUUCCGGGGCCUAGAGGUGGUGGAGGCGGCCUGUGGAAUCGCGCCGUACUUGUCCGGUGAGCUCGUGGAGAACGUGGCGGGCGGCAUCGACUGCUACUCCAUCCGCCAGCCGCUGGGGGUGGUGGCGGGCAUCUGUCCCUUCAACUUCCCCGCCAUGGUGCCCCUCUGGAUGUUCCCGCUGGCGGUCACCGCCGGCAACACCUUCCUGCUCAAGCCCAGUGAGAGGGACCCCGGGGCGGCGGUGAUGCUGGCGGACCUGGCGCAGCAGGCGGGGCUGCCCAAGGGCGUCCUCAACAUCGUUCACGGCAGUCGUGACGUGGUCAACUGGCUGUGUGACGAUCCCUCCAUCAAGGCGCUGUCCUUCGUGGGCUCGGAUGCAGCGGGGCGCUACAUCUACGCGCGGGGCUGUUCCGCCGGAAAGCGGGUCCAGGCCAACCUGGGCGCUAAGAACCACGCGGUAGUGAUGCCUGAUGCAGAUGUGGAUACAACUGUCAAGGCACUGGCGGGUGCGGCCUUCGGUGCUGCGGGUCAGCGCUGCAUGGCCAUCUCCGCGGCGGUGUUCGUGGGGGGCUUCAGCGAGCAAUGGCGUGGCUCCCUGCUGGAGGCGGCUCGCAGUCUGAAGCUGAACGCGGGCUGGGAGAAGGACGCGGAUGUGGGCCCUAUGAUCAGUCCGGAGGCCAAGGCUCGUGCUGAGCGGCUGAUCGCCAGCGGGGCUGCUGCGGGUGCCCAAGUACUGCUGGAUGGCCGGGGUGUUGUCGUACCGGGGUACGAGCGAGGCAACUUCCUGGGCCCCACUGUUCUGGCGGGGGUGACGCCGGACAUGGAGUGCUACAGGGAGGAGAUCUUCGGACCCGUGCUGAGCUGCAUGGAUGCUUCUUCGCUUGACGAGGCGCUGAGCAUCGUGAACGGCAACGAACACGGCAAUGGUACGGCAAUCUUCACUCGCAGCGGGGCGGCGGCGAGGAAGUUCCAGUCCGAGGUGGAUGUGGGCAUGGUGGGCAUCAAUGUGCCCAUUCCGGUGCCGCUGCCCUUCUUCUCCUUCACCGGCUGGAGGGGCUCCUUCGCAGGUGACCUGCACAUGUACGGCCGAGCGGGAGUGCAGUUCUACACGCAGACCAAGACCGUCACCGCCAAGUGGCCCGCAGACGACGUCAAGACCAUCGCGGCUGCUUCCACCAAUGUCGGGGGGCCCGCCAGUUGCCGUACUCCGACGGCGGCGAUGGCAGGGCAGCGGGAGCGGCUGCCGGGCUUGGAUCGAGUGGGGGCAGCGUGA